AUGUACAUUUACGACGCAGCCCCUUCUCCAUCCGAAAAUCGGAUCCUCUACCAUAGAGAGUCAGACAGACAGACGGACAGAGUAAUUGAUGCCUCUCCUCUUGUAAUUACCUCCUCCAUCUCCCAUGGCCAUGCCUCAACAGCAUCAAUUCCUACAGCAGCAGCAACAUCAACAUCAACACCACUAAUCGUAACCCUUCAGGGAAGUGAAUCAGAAGAUGAGCAGAAUUCAUUCUCGAACUUAUUGCCCGUCGAUGGUCAGAUGUCCACACCGGUCGCCUUCUUCAACCCUCGAAAUUUCGCCGAUCAAUCUCAUCCACAAUACAUCCCUCCCUUUCAUGUAGUCGGUUUCGCUCCUGGUGCGGUCCCGGCAAUGGAUUGCGGUGGGAGCGAUAUGAGGUGGAAUAAUGGUUCCGAACCAACGAAGAAAAAAUUGAAAGAACAAGACUUCUUGGAGAACAAUUCGCAGAUAACGUCUGUGGAUUUUCUGCAAACGCGAUCGGUUUCAACGGGUUUAGGGUUGUCGCUCGACGAUAGGCGUAUGGCUUCUUCGGCAGAUUCACCUGUUUUCUCCCUCUUCGAUAAUGAGAUCGAUCAGGAGUUGCAAAGACAGGAUGUGGAAUUGGAUCGAUUCAUCAAACUUCAGGGAGAGCGGAUGAGACAAGCGAUCUUAGAGAAGGUUCAGGCCAAUCAACUCCAGACUCUUUCGUUUGCCGAAGAAAGGAUCCUUCAGAAGCUCCGUGACAAAGAAGCAGAAGUGGAAGACAUUAACAGGAAGAAUAUGGAACUUGAGGAGCGAAUGAAACAGUUGAGUAUAGAGGCUGGUGCUUGGCAACAACGAGCCAAGUCCAAUGAUAACAUAAUCACUAGUCUCAAAUUUAAUCUCCAGCAAGUCUUUGCACAGAGCAGAGACAGCAAGGAAGGGUGUGGUGACAGUGAAGUUGAUGAUGCGGCUUCUUGUUGCAAUGGAGUGGCUAUUGAUUUUAACCCGGUUUCCAAGGAAAGCAAGGAUUUAAAGGAGUUGAUGACUUGUAAGGUUUGUAGGGUCAAUGUGGCAUGCAUGCUUUUGUUGCCCUGCAGGCAUUUAUGCAUGUGUAACGAUUGUGAGAGUAAGCUUAAUUUCUGUCCCCUGUGUCACUACUCAAAGCUUAUCGGCAUGGAGGUCUAUAUGUAAUGAAACAUCUUGGAUAUCAUAUGUAAGUUAUACGUAUCAUUCUUGUCUAUAUUGAUGAUCAGUUCAUGCC